AUGAGCGCCACCAACGAGUCCGAGAUCCAGGCCACGGCCCCCCACGGGCCCGUCGAGGUCAAGAAGCCCGCGUCCGACAAGGACGAGGCCAACGUCGAGACGGGCAGCAUCGACGAGCCCGAGAAGGGCAGCUACAGCAAACUCUCCGUCUGGCUCAUGGUCCUGUUUUCAGGCCUGGCCAUUGGAAGUGAUGGAUACAAUGCCGCCGUCAUUGGCAACCUGCAGCUCAUGCUCAAGGUCCUCUACCCGGACGCCCUCACGAGUGACAUGUCCUCGCGCCUCAGCAACUCCUUCCUCAUCGGCAUGAUCAUCGGCAUGCUCUUCUUCGGUGUCAUCGUCGACCAGCUCGGGCGCAAGACUGGCGCCGUCGCCACCACCGUCCUCCUCGUCCUUGGUAUCGCCCUCUCCGCCGCCGCCAAUGGCACCUCCCCCCAGGGCCUGAUCUGGAUGCUCGUCAUCGCCCGCGGCGUCGCCGGCGUCGGCGCGGGAGGCGAGUACCCCGUCUCGGGCGCUGGUGCCGCCGAGGCCACCGACGAGUCUGGCGCCUACCGCAAGCACCGUGGCUUCAUGUUCGCCAUGCUCGCCACCCUGUCCGCCUCGCUGGGCUACGUCUGGGCCGCCCUCGUCCCGCUUCUGCUGCUCCUGUGCGUGAGCCGUGAGGAGGGCAAGUACGAGAUCGUCUGGCGCACCGCCUUUGCCCUCGGUGCCAUCCCCCCGCUCGGCAUCUUCUGGUUCCGCAUCCGCAUGGCUGUGGCCACCGCCUACCGCAACUCCUCCAUGCGCAAGCAAAAGGUACCCUACCUGCUCGCCCUGAAGCGCUACUAUCGUCCUUUGAUUGGUGUUGCCUCGUGCUGGUUCCUCUACAACUGGAUCUCCAUCCCCUUUGGUAUUUUCAGCUCCACCAUUAUCGCCCGCUCCAACGCCGGCAACAGCCUCGUCAAGAACCUCGGGUGGGGCUGUCUGAUCAACUGCUUCUACCUGCCAGGUCCCUUUAUCGGUGGUGUGCUGUCUGACAAGAUUGGUCGCCGCAAGACCAUGGCUCUUGGAUUCAUGAUGCAGGCCGUCCUCGGUUUCGUGCUCGGUGGUGCCAUGAAGCAGAUUCAGUCCAUCUUUCCCCUGUUCAUCGUGCUGUACGGCAUCUUCUUGACGCUCGGUGAGGUUGGCCCUGGAAGUACCGUUGUGCUCACGGCCUCCGAGUGUUUCCCGACCUCGAUCCGUGGCCAGAUGAUGGGCUUCAUCUCGGCCUGCUCCAAGGCUGGUGCGGCCGUUGGCACCCAGGUCUUCACCGCCCUGCUCAACAACUACGCCUCGACCCCUGAAAAGGGCGACCAGGUCGCGUUCCUGGUCGGCUCGGCCUUUGCCGUCCUCGGUGCUCUAGUGGCCUUCUUCGUGAUUCCCGAUGUCUCCCGCAAUCUUGACGACGACGACGCCGCGUGGAAGGUGUACCUGGCUGAUAAUGGCUGGGAUGCGCAUUGGGGUGACACGGAGACCAAGGACCCGGCUGGUGUGAUGAUGAACCGUGCGCGUGAUUAG